AAUACAAGAUAACUGUGGAAAAAUACGUUUAUUGAGUGUUAUCAAAAGUUACUUUGUUAUCAAGAUCACUUUGUUAACAAAUAAAAAGAAAAUUAGAUUCUGUAUUCGUCGGCGACGAAUAUCGUGAUUAAUCAAUUGUAAAGAAGAAACCGAUUUUAAGAAUAAUCGACGCCGUUUCUUGAUUUUUUCAGGAUGAGAUUUGGCCACACGAUCGAAGACUCGCGGAAGAAAUAUCCAGAAAUCACGGACGAAAUUUUGGACAGUCUGCAAAAAUGGGCGAAUGACCGAGGCCUUCCCAAUAUUCCCGAAGAACAAUUGGCGUUAUUCGCGCACAGUUGUUACUUCGAUAUAGAGGCCACGAAACGAUGCAUGAACGUUUACUACAGGAUGCGAGCCACGAUUCCGGAAUUUUUUAACAAUAGGGAUUCCAGCCUUGACAAUUUGCAACACUCUUUGAAAAUCUUGGAAUUCGCGAUACUUCCCAAGCUCGAUCGAAAUGGUAACCGGAUAAUUAUUCAUCGAUUGAUAGAUUCACGGCCAUCUCAGUUCAUAUUCAACGACGACAUCAAGCUGCAGUUAAUGUGUAUCGAAGCAAGCCUCUAUAUGAAUGGUUGUUCGGAGGGAUAUAUAAUUCUUUUUGAUAUGAUUAAAACGCAGUUCGGUCAUUUGUUCAGAUCGCCGAUGAACGGCAUUCGCAAAUUCUUAGAGUUCAUUCAAGAAGGCAUACCGGUGAGGCUUAAAGGCAUCUAUGUGGUAAAUGCGGUCUGGUUUAUGGACAAGUUGAUUGCGCUUGUCAGACCAUUCAUAAAGGAAGAGCUAUUCGAAAUAAUUCACAUUUACUCGGGUGAUAUCUCCAACUUGUAUUCUCGUAUACCGCCCGAAUGUCUGCCGAAGGACUAUGGUGGGGAAUUGGACUGUAUCACAAACUUUCAUAAAGCAUACUGUAUGAAAUUAGAUCAAUUGCGGAAUUAUUUCCGGGAGGAGGAAGCUCUGUUCCGCAAUUAUUCGCCUAAUAACAUCAGGACAGCGAGUAAAUAGAUUAUACUAGACGCUACCGAAAAUCUAAAAGAUUAGAUAUCAUCGCAAUGGCUUACGUGUAAAAAAUAACAUUAGUUAGUUGAUGUGUAAUAUACAGGUGUAACAAAUAGCAUAUUAGUCACUUACAUUAUUUAUGUACAAUUAAAUUAUUAAUGUACAU